AUGAAAGAUUCAUCCAGAGAAUCCGAUGUGAUGUCAGCUCUCGCGCGGGAGUUUUGUGCCUUUAUGGUUCGUGCUUCAGGUCUGCAGUCCAAAUUAGAAGGAUUUAUGGAGAACAAGUCGCUGCUCUUUAAAGGCGGAAACCUUUUGGAGGAGCAGAAGUUGGAGUGGACCCUUCUACAUAAAGAAUAUAUCGAACUUGCAGAGCAGCACAUGGAGGAAUUUCUGCAAGAGAGAAGCGCAACGGCCGAAGAAGUUGCACAAACAUUGCAUGAAUCCUUAGGCAAGUCUUUGUGGUCCUUGCCUUUGCUGCAAUCUUUGGACUAUGAAUCAUUUGCAGCACAAAUGAUUGCUCGCGCUUCUGCACCACAGCUGCAGUCUGAGGCUCUCGCUUCAGGCGGGAUCUUUGGUGGGAUUUGGAAAUUGCAGCAGUCUGAACCCCGACACUUGGAGCGUUUUCUGAAAGCACAGGGCGUUCCAUGGAUCUUGCGGCGCCUACAUAUUUUUGCAGAGAUCCGUGAGGUAUGCAUCGUAGAAAUGCCGGGUACAGUGCCCAUGUUCACGCUUCUGCAUCUUAGAGAUCAUGGCUUUGGCGUCUCGGAAGAGCAGGUGGUGGCAGACGGAGCGGAGCGCACUGAUGGCAGAUUUAGCACGAGAGCAUGGCUGACGGACCGAGAACUGCAUAUCGUCACAAGACCAGUGGACGGGUCUAGAAGCGUGCUUCAGACAACCUAUACUGUGGCUAGUGAUGGCAAUUCAUUACUCUUGCGACGUUCCUCAGAAGACACUGUGCUGAACACCCUAAUUGAUGAUGAAGCAUCGUGGUUUGUUACACAGCUCUUUCAACGCUCUGAGCCAACGCAAAAGGCAGAUUGUGGGACCUGCCGUUCCAGAGAUACGGAGCCCGUUGAAACUGCGAUAACGAGCCCUUCCAAAGGCUAUCUUCGUGAACCAAGUGAGCCUCAAAGUCCAGAGCCAGAACCAGAGCUGAGAGCACAAUGUGUACUGCAGGACACUGAGAAGGUCAAUCACGCAUUUAAUUUGCUUCAUGAAGUGCGUGCCGCAGUCAUGGAGCAGGCCGAGUCCCGCAUUGAUGACAGGCUCCGCCAGCUCUGCUCACAAGCCGCAUCAGAGGUGAAAAAGCAAGAGCGUGAGCAGGAGCGGUCAAUGAACCAACUUCUUGAAGAGGCGAAGAGCUUGACACAAAAGCAGCAGUUGAUGCAGGCCGAGAACCAAGCCUUGAUGACGAUGCUAAGCUCAUGGACUGCACAGUUGCCACUUUGCCCUGAUGAAAAGCUUCAGGACAUGCCCAUGAACGCAUCCGGUGGCAGCACCCCAUCCACCGCUACUUCUGAGACCUCCACGGGCUCUGCUGCUAGCUCUAAUGGAAGUCCGGUGACCGGAAAAAUAGCGAACAGCACUACUUCAAUGCCGGAGAUUCCACCCUUCACAUACCCGUUUGGCGUCUACAACGGCCCUUUCCUGAAUGGCCCUUUUCCAAAUGCAUCUCAAUCCUGGGCACCUACAGCAGUGUCGCUGGCCGAUGCACUUGGUAUUGCUCCAAAACAACAAGUGGAAGAGACAGAAGAUGAAGAACCAGAUGCUUUUGUCUUCAAGCUCACUCUGCGCGUGGCAGAUGAUGGUGACCUGGGUCUUCGCUUCAGCAGGAAGGGAGAGGUGUUGCGCAUCGACAGCGUGCAGUCAGGUGCAGCAGAAUCCUGGAAUCGCCAGUGCAGCAGCGGCACGCUUGAUCGCAUUUUGAGGCCUGGAGAUCUUGUGAUCUCUGUGAAUGAGGAGUCUGACCCGGAAGCCAUGAUGGAGGAAUGCAAACGCAUGUUGGUGAAGCUUCGCAUCCUGCGCUUGGGUUCUGAGAAUAAGAAUGCCAAGGCUGCCAAGCCUCAGGAAGCUGGCAAGCCAUGGGCAUCUCAGAUGCAAUAUCCCUUGACCUUUCCUACUGGACUUGGUUACGGGAAUCCUGGUGAUUGGACAUUUCCCUGGGCAUAG